AUGGCAAACGAAACGUGUAGUUUGCUGUCAGUUGGUCAAUCUGAAUAUGGUGCUGCUGUUUCAUUGGCCACCAGUGCUUUAGAAGCAGUUGAUCCUGUUACCUUAACAUGGCACAAUAUUAGCAUAAAUGCAACAUCAACGGGAAAAGAGAUUUUGCAAAAUGUAUCAGGAGUUGCGAGACCAGGACAACUUUUAGCUUUGAUGGGAGCAAGUGGAGCCGGAAAAACAACACUUUUGAAUAUGUUGCUUUCGAGAAAUUUGAAAGGAUUGGAAACUGGUGGAAGUGUUAAAGUGAAUGGACAUGAAUUGGGAAGAAAAAUAACAGCGAUUAGUGGAUAUGCGCAACAAGAUGAAUUAUUUGUUGGAACUUUGACUGUUAAAGAAUAUUUGAAUAUUCAGGUAAUUUAUGCUAUUUGGACUUUAAAUAAAUUAGGAGACCAGAAAAACAACUCUAAUUUAAUUAGCUGAAACAUAAAACGAAAAAAAAAACAAAUAUAGAGAGAAUCAAAAAUCAGAAGAUUUUUCUUUUUGAUCAAGAUCUCUUUUAAUUUUGCAGGCCAAACUUCGAGUGAACGGCGAUGCUGAAAAACGUCGUCGUCGUGUUACAAGUGUUCUUUCUCAACUCGGCCUUUUCAAAUGUCAAAACACUCGAAUUGGUUCAAUCGGCGGAACAAAAGGUAUUUCUGGUGGAGAAAUGAGAAGAUUAACAUUUGCCUGUGAACUUCUCUCAAAUCCACCAGUGCUAUUCUGCGAUGAGCCAACAACUGGACUUGACUCUUUUAUGGCCGAAUCUGUUGUUCAAGUUUUGAGCAAUUUGGCGAAAAGUGGACGAACUGUGAUUUGUACAAUUCAUCAACCAUCAAGUCAACUUUAUUUGAUGUUUGAUCGAGUUAUGUUUAUGGCUGGUGGAAGAACUGCGUUCUUGGGUUCGCCAAGGGAUGCUAUUCAGGUAAUUUGCAAAAAAAAACAGAGAAAAUAGUUAUGAUCGCAAAGUAGGCUGGUGUAUUCUCACGAAAAAAAUCAAGAAAAUAAAUUUCAAUAGUAAUUCAUUGAAAAAAUUGCGCAAUUAGAGAAAAUUCUAGAAAAAUUUCAAGAUUUUGGGAAAUUCCAGAUAAAAUAACUAUAGAGGCUAACAUUCAAAAAAUGUAAGACAAAAACAGCAACUUUGCCAUCUCAUGACAUUUUACAGGAAAUAUCUAAAAUUAUAUCAAAAAUAUAAGAGCUCUCUCAUUUUAAUUUUCAAAAAUUGUGUUUCAGUUCUUCGAAGAUAGUGGUUUUGCAUGUCCCCACAAUUUCAAUCCAGCUGAUUUAAUUAUUCAUACUUUGGCUGUGAUUCCAAAUGAAGAAGAUGAAUGUCGUCAAAGAAUUCAAGUAAUUUGCACCAAAUUCGAGAGCUCAGUUUAUGGAAGAACUUUAUAUAAUAGUUUGGAAAUGAUUAGAGAAGGAGAAAUGCCAACUGAAAGAAGAAAAAUGGGAAUUUCCACACAAAUUGGAGCACUUUUGCAAAGGUAAGAUAAAUUUUCUUAAAUAAAAUUCUAAAAUCAGAUGUUUUUCAGAGCAACAAUCGAUACAUGGCGUAAUCCAUCUUUGACUCGGGCAAAAGUAAUACAAAAAACAAUUAUGGGAAUUUUCAUUGGAUUAUUGUAUUUACAAAGUCCUUUGAAUUUAACUGGGAUUUCAAAUUUGAAUGGAGCAUUGUUUUAUCUGGUUUGUGAAUUGACAUAUUCUACGAUUUUUGGAAUUUUGAACUUUUUGCCAACUGAUUUCCCGUUGGUUUCUAGAGAAUAUCAUGAUGGAUUGUAUUCGGUUUUCAGGUAAGAUUUUUUGGUUACUGUAUGCUUUUGUAGGUCUCAUCACGAUCUACAGUAAUAUACCCUUUUUCAGUUACUAUGUUGCUCGUUGCAUUUCUUAUUUACCACUUUUCACUGCUGAUGGUCUUGUUAUGCUUCUCGUUUCUUAUUGGUUGGUCGGAUUUUCAUCAUCUUUGAGUCAGGUUCUUUAUGCGUGUUUGAUCGCAUUUUUGAUUGAACAAUCAUCGUCGGCUUGUGGAAUUAUGCUGUCUUGUAUUUCGCCAUCACUUCCAGUAAGUUUAUUUGUGGUUUUCAGGGAAGUUCAUUUAUCAGCUUAUUGUGCUCGGAAACUUGAAAAUUUCGACUUACUUUCCCAGAAUAAUUCAAGGCUUUGGAAUACAUAGUUUCUCAAAUUUGAUUUUCACAAAGACAACAAUUCGAAACCCGAAUUUUUUACACAUUUUUAUUUUGUCUGGAAUUUUUCAAUAAAAUAUGAAAAUUAUUUUUUUAAAGAAUUUUAAUUCAAAUUAAAAAUUUUCAGAUUGCAAUGUCCACAGCUGGUCCAAUGUUAACUCUACUUUCACUAACUGGUGGACUUUAUGCAAAUGUUGGAGCACUUCCAUCUUAUAUCAGCUGGAUUCAAUAUUUAUCAUGGUUCCGUUAUGGAUUCGAAGCUUUUGCGAUUAAUCAAUGGGAUAGUGUAAAUGAACCAAAUGCAACAAGUUGGACUGAUGCCGUGAGUUCACAAAAUAUUUUUUUUUCAUUUCAAACACUUUCAUAUAUCUUAAAAUUACAGGAUCGCGACUCAGUGUUGGCUCAACUUUCAUUCAAUGCUGAUAUGUUCUACCCGGAUCUUAUGAUAAUGUCAGGCUUCAUUAUUUUCUUUUACGUUGUCGGUUAUUUAGGAUUAGCUUAUCGCGUUAGCAGAGCUAGGUAA